UUUUCCAAUCUGUGAUUAAUUUUUACGAAAAAAUAAAAAAACUCCCUUUAAUACAUUUAAUUAAAAUAUGGGAGCUCCUGAAUUACCAAAUGAUCCUGGAGAGGAAGAUUUACGCACAACUCAUAUUGUCCAUCAUCCCCCAGCACCCAGUGACGAUAGUGACAAUGAAUCACUACAAGAUGCAGGUGCCUAUGAGGGUUAUCAGCCCUUGUCAAUGGAUGAAAAUCAUAUUGAUUAUGGCCAUAUGCGGUUAGAUGAAGACGAUGAUAAUGAUGCUUAUCAUAAUAGAGAAGGCUUUACUAGGAUACAAGAGAACAGAGACUUGGAUGAAAAUGAGCCAGUAGAAGUGGUUCAUGGUGAUCCCCAUAUGCCGCAGAUAGAAACUGUAGAUGCUGAAAUUGUAAGAGAAAUUUGGAGUCAACCACGUCCUCAAGAAUUACAGAUUGAAUUGGAUGGGAAUAAAACUGAACAGAUUUUAAAUGCCAUGGCCAAUUUUCAAUUACCGAAUUUAGCUGUGCCUGAUUGGGCUGCUGGUGUCCCGGAAGAACGCUGGAAGGAGGAACUACUACAACGUAUAAGGCAAAGAAAGCCCUCUGAUGAUAGCUCACAAAUGGAAGUGGACACAGAAUCAAAAUAGAUAAUAACAUUCCAUGUUGAGAUUCAAAUAAACAUAAAUUAGUUAUUAUAUCAUAGGUUUAAAAUUAAUCCAACUAUAUAAUCGUAUUAUAUUUAUCUAAUAAUAUAUAUAAACACAAUGUUAACCAAAAGAAAUUUAACACAAACCUAGAAAACUGAAUGUAUUUUAAUUUGUUUUUAUUUAAUUUAAACCAAGUUAAUAAGAUGAUUAUAUUAUAAUGUUGAUGUUUAAUAUGGGCAUAAAAUGAUUAUUGGAAAAAAAUUAUUCAAAAAGCUA